CAAACCUAACAUAUGCUUAAAGCCCAAAUACUUCUCCCCUCACUCAUAUUAAACCCAUAUUUUACACAAGCAGUAUCAAUCACUCCCAAUAUCAAGCACGUGAACACCACGUACCAAUCACAUCUCACUAACCAGGCCAGUGCUCUCCACAGCCAACAACUGAAGAUAUUUCUCAAUCUGUCCAUUACACAAAAUUAGGCAUCCAAAAACUUACCCAAAACCCAGAAACCAAUAGACAAAGACACACAAAGAAAAAUCAAACAUCAAACCAAAGAAAAUUCAAAGACUUUGAAAAACAAAACAAACCAAAUCAAAAUCUUUACUUCAAAACCAUGAAAAAUCAAGAACAAGAACAAGCUACUUACACACCAUCAUCUUCAUACAAAAUAUUCAUCACAAUUAUGAGCAAAAGAAGAACAUGGGCAUGUCUAUUCAUAUUAGUAUACGCAACCCUUUUAUCAUUCUCAUGGAACUUACUCAAAUCAAUACUCUCAUGGUACCAAGAACACUCCCAGGUGGCUGAAAAUUCUUCAGGCUGGCCAGCUUUAUAUGCAUCAGUUCUUUUAGGGGCGGUGUUUGGAUUGCUUUCGAUGGCUGCUGCUCUAGCAGUGGCUGUGCCUGCCACUUUAGUUAUAUGGAUCACUGUGGUUGUGUUGUUGGCUUUCUUUGGGAAGCCGAGAAGGGCUUUGGUUGUUGAAGCAAGGAAGAUUACGAGGGAGAUUAUUGGGUUUGUUUUUAAGAUUCUGUUGAAAGAAGGGAAUUUUGUUGCUGCUGUUUGUGCUGUUCUUGGUUAUUUUGCUCUUGUUAGAAGGAGUUAUGAUGUUGAUUGAGUUGGUUUUGCUUUUUUUUUUUUAUUGUUUCUUGAUGAUGGGUAUUGUUGAUUUCUUGAAAAUUUUGAUUUUUAGGUUUAUUUUGGUAUUCUAUGGUUAGUAUUAGGGAUAAGAAAUUGGGAAAGUUUGAAGCUUUUUCUGUUUUAUGGAAUGAAAGCUUUGAGCAUGAUCUAUAACAAUUUUACUAGAUUUGUGAAUCUGCUGUAAUUACUGUUAUCAAAACCUUACGAUUUGCAGCUCGAAA